AUGUCGGUUUCACUUUCAGCGUAUAGCACUCGAUCAGCACUUGUGUAUUCCAGUCCUACGACAGUACACACGAGUUCACCCUCACCCGUCGCUUCGAAUUCAGCAGAUGAUGUAUAUUCUGAAAUGGUCGGAAGUGGGAGAGUCGUCAUGGAAUAUACGGAUCCUGACGGGAAUAUAUAUGUCGUAACUUCAACAUCCGAUUCAAAUACAGAUGCGAUGGCGUCUUCAGCUUCAUCAGGACCUAUACCAUCUUCAAGUAACAGUGGAAGUUAUGGUGAACAACAUGGUAUUUACACAGAUUUCGAAACUUAUGUCAGCGCAAGUGUGACUUCGUAUCAAGAUCAAAAUCAAAAUCAAAAUGUGGUUUCUUCCUCUGCAACCGCAAACAAUUCAAGUAAUACAAAUCUGGAAUCAAACGAAUCAAAUGGAAAUGCAAAUUCACCUGGAAAUAAUCACCUAUCGUUAGCUGCCAUCGUUUCAAUAUCCGUUUUUGUCACUUUAGGUUUCGUCGGAUCUUGUCUCGGAUGUUAUUUUUAUAAAAGAAGAAGGAAUAGACUGAAUAACAUGUCUGGUGCGAUUGAUAAAUCUCAAAUAAGGAAAAGAAAAUCAAGGAAGAAUAACUCACAAACAGAAGAAGAAGAAGAAAGUAAAUUGAAUCAAAUUGAUAUUCAACCAUUACCAAUACCUUCUUCUUCUUCUCCCUCUUCUUUGACGAACCAUAUCUCACCAACAUCACAUCUAUCGCAAAGGGAUUUGAACGAUAUUAUAUUCACUAGAAUUCACAGCCAAGACCACGCCGAAAACCGACAUCAAGGUGCAAGUCCAUUUAUCGAUCCUCCUCUUCAUCAUCAUCAUCAUCUUCAUCAUCAUCUUCUAUCGAAUCGAAGUCAAGGUACAUCCUCAAGAAGAUCAGGAACAGAUUAUUCACUUUAUACGGAUAAUAGUGAAUUCGAUAUGUUGGCUCAAGAUGGUUCUUCCUACGCCAGAACAAUAUCAACUUAUAGUGAAGGUAUUAAUUCUGAAUAUUCAGAAAGAGAUUUAGGUUCUUACAUACCUACUUCAACUACUGCUACCACAACUACAACUACGUCAGAUCACACUCCUACCGCUAUCCCUAGACCAAGAUUAGAAGUCGACACUAAAUGUUCUACGUUCAAUAAUGCACAUUCGACUUGGUCGUCACCUGAUUAUACUGGACAUGUCUCCAACGCCAGAAAUCAGAGCCCUUUCCCAUUGCCGUCAAUCACAUCAGCAUCAGCAUCGACGUCAAUGUCAACGCGUAAUCAGCGUAACCUGAUCUCACCUUUCUCAGACCCAACAUCCGCAAAUGGAUAUGUAACACAACCUUCAAUAUCACCUAUUUCAGCCUCAUCAACAAAUAGAUCAUGGAGAACAGAAGAUGAAAUGCUGUUACGAGCACAACCAAGUCAACCGGUCAGGGCAUCAAUCCAGCCCCAAAACUACAGUCAAAAUCAACAGGGGUUGAACAGAGGCUUAACAAUCAUUAGACAUACAGACGCCGGUGCGAUCGAUCUUGCUAGACGAAGGAACAGAAAUCAUGACAAUGGCAUGAAUGACGAUGAGAAUGAGAAUGAUGAAGAAGAGGAGGAGGAGGAGGAGGAAGAGGUCUAUUUACCUCCUAGUUAUAGGGAAAUAUACCCUCAACAUAGUUAA